AUGUUAAGCACUCAAGCGCUGUCUGGUCGUGUAAACAGCAACAGAGAAACACAUGAAGAAUGUAGGUCAAAAGCUGACGUGAAACAAGCAAACUUGCAUGCAUCUAAUGGCAAUGCUGCAUUAACAGUUGAGCUUGGCGCGAGUGGACGAGAUACUGUCGUUGUUGGCUGUCAUAAGCAAGUUAUGACGUCGACGGUCGUCGAGAAAAAAUGUUCGAAGGCAAUAAGCACAGUCUUUAAAGCAACUCACUUUGCUUACAUGAAAAAACCUCAGUCAAUUGACACCCACGCAUCAGACACUGCGCGCGAAAACAAUGGAAAUGUUGUUAUUUAG